UUCGACUCGUGCGGAUCCCCUCUGACAGCGUCUGCUGUCUACGAAUGGUUUUAACUCAAUUUAAUCAUUUCUCCAUAUUGAAAAUGAUGGAUUAAUGAUGGGAGAUCGUCCUCUGGGGCUGUAACGCGGAAUUGAGUGUCUAAUUGGGGCGCGUGGAGUGGAAAGCCAUCGAAAAGAGUACAUAACCUACUACUGUGUUUAUAUCCAUCAUUCAAGCACUUCCACGAAGCCGGAGAAUGAGUGGAGAAACACAAAUAUCGAACAUUGUUAACGAGAUUCUGAAAGUGGAGGCUAUCGAGGAGGCCUUCAGCUGUGUCCUGGUGCACAAUUUGGACAGCGAACUCGCGAAGACGAAAUCAUGGCAGACGGAGUUGAGUGUGGCCAUGGGGAAACUCCCUGCGGACCAGCAGGACGCGGCUGUGAAGCAGUUCCUCUUACUAGCAGCAGGAAUGACUAAUCAUCGACGCUUGCAGAUGCUGCUGGGGCUCCUGGAGGGCCUAGUGAGCGGCAAUGUCUUACCUGCAAGAAUGGUAUGCGAAUCAAUCCUAAGUUGUGAGAAACUAGUCUACGACCUGCAAGACUUCUGGGUAGAAUGUUUCGGUUUAAUCCGCCGAAUAACCAGUGGCGUGGACUACAAAGGCGUCCGAGAAAUAAUGCGCGGCUGCAUAGAGAAAGCCCAGACGAUCCCAAUCCGGCUUAACGCCUCAGUCCAGCCGCAACUAAAAGCCCUGGAAUACGUAUUCGAGAACAUUUUCGACAGGAACACCUCUCUCCUCCCCAGCUACUUCAUCAUAACCGAGAUCCAGAAGGUCUACCCAGACAACAAAAACUGGCCACAUUGGAAAUUGGCUUCACUUCUCUCCAGCUUCGUCGAGAGUUUUCGUCCAGUGGCUCAAAUGGUCUCUAAAAUAGGCCACUCAAAGAUGCUGCCAGUUGUUGAGCACACUGGCUACGCCGACUACCCGAUAAAUCCCUGGCUCCUGGACCCAACAACCCUGAAAUUUUCGCUGAAAGGAAGUCUCCCAUACGAUGCUGACCUCCUUAAACCUCAAACCGAACUCCUUCGCUACGUUUUAGAGCAACCCUACUCCAGAGACAUGGUCUGCUCGAUGCUGGGUCUCCAGAAGCAGCACAAACAGCACUGUGUAGCCCUAGAAGACCAAAUGGUUGAGCUGGUGAUCCUGGCCAUGGAGAGAUCUGAGAACGACGCAGUUCAGGCUGAGGGAGUGGACGGAACAGUGGCGAAUCACUGGGUCUGGUUGCACCUCUCCUCCCAGCUGAUCUACUUCAUCCUCUUCCAAUUCGCCUCCUUCCCGAACAUCGUAAAGGCCAUUCACGAAAAACUAGCAGCUAGAGACUUGAGGAAGGGAAGGGACCACUUGAUGUGGGUUCUACUGCAAUUCAUCUCAGGCAGCAUUCAGCGAAACCCCCUGGCCAAUUUCCUCCCAGUCCUGAAGCUCUACGACCUUCUCUACCCUGAGAAGGAGCCCCUCCCAGUCCCAGAUUACAAUCAAGCCCUGUGCACCCACCAGAUGGCGAUCACUUGCAUUUGGAUUCAUCUACUGAAGAAGGCUCAACUGGAGCAUGCGAAUAUCCAUCGACCCAUUCCAACAGCCUUGAAGGCCCACCACGAAUUCCUCCAGCACUUGGUGAUGCCAAAUACGUCCUUGUGCAUGGGAUCAGACUACAGAAUAGCCCUUUUAUGUAACGCAUAUUCAACUUAUCAAGAAUAUUUCAGCAGACCCAUGGCAACACUAGUCGACACUGUCCUAGGGACACAGAAGAACCAGCAGCAGCAGCCACUGCAGUCAAACCUCCAGAACAAUGCGGCACUGGCAACAGGUCCAAUAACACCCCUGUCAAUGUCCAUCCUGGACUCCCUGACUGUUCACUCGAAGAUGAGUCUAAUUCACAGCAUUGUCACUCAUGUCAUCAAGCUAGCCCAGUCGAAAAGUAAUAUGCCACUGGCGCCAGCCCUGGUGGAAACCUACUCUCGCCUCCUAGUGUACACCGAGAUCGAGAGUCUGGGGAUCAAAGGGUUCAUAAGCCAAUUGCUCCCCCAAGUCUUCAAAUCCCACGCCUGGGGCACCCUCUACACUCUCCUAGAGAUGUUCUGCUACAGAAUGCACCACAUACAGCCCCACUACCGUCUCCAGAUCCUCUCUCAUCUCCACAGUCUGGCAGCUGUUCCCCAGACCAAUCAGACUCAAUUGCAUCUCUGUGUGGAGAGCACAGCCCUGAGGAUGAUCACCGGGCUGGGAUCUGCUGAGGUGCAGCCCCAACUCUCCAGGUUCCUCUCAGAACCCAAGACACUAGUAUCAUCGGAGUCUGAGGAGUUGAACAGAGCUCUAGUUCUGACCCUAGCGAGAUCCAUGCACGUGACUGGAACAGGCUCUGACCCCGUCGGUGGCACCUGGUGCAAAGAGUUACUCAUCACAAUCAUGCAGAAUACCCCGCACUCCUGGGCCAUCCACACCCUCGACUGCUUCCCCCCAGUUCUCAGUGAAUUCUUCAAGCAGAAUAGCGUCCCCAGGGAGAACAAACAGCAGAUAAAAAAGGCUGUUGAGGAGGAGUACAGAAACUGGGCGUCAAUGAGCAACGAGAACGACAUUAUAGCUCACUUCUCAGUGCCUGGUACACCUCCCCUAUUCCUCUGCCUCCUGUGGAAGAUGAUUCUGGAGACAGAUCGUAUCAGUCCCAUUGCCUACAAAAUUCUCGAGAGAAUAGGCGCCAGAGCGCUCUCCGCUCAUCUGAGAAAAUUCUGUGAUUACCUAGUCUUUGAAUUCGCCAAUAGCGUGGGGGGACAGCACGUCAACAAGUGCGUGGACACGAUAAAUCACAUGAUAUGGAAGUACAAUAUUGUUACAAUUGACAGGUUGGUACUCUGUCUGGCACUGAGAACGCAAGAGGGUAAUGAGGCGCAGGUAUGCUUCUUCAUCAUUCAACUGCUCCUCUUGAAAGCCGCUGAAUUUCGAAAUAGAGUUCAAGAAUUUGUUAAAGAGAACUCCCCAGAACACUGGAAGCAGUCCAAUUGGCACGAGAAGCACUUGGCAUUUCACCGAAAAUUUCCUGAGACUUUUGCACCAGAGGGGAUUAUGGAUCAGACGAGUGGGGGGCCAAGUCAGUAUCAGAAUCUGCCUGUUUACUUUGGCAAUGUCUGCCUGAGGUUUCUACCAGUCUUCGAUAUCGUUGUCCACAGAUAUCUGGAGAUUCCCCCGGUUAUCAAGAGCCUGGAGAUCUUGCUGGAGCACCUGGGGUGUCUCUAUAAAUUCCACGACAGACCAGUCACCUAUUUAUACAAUACUCUUCACUAUUACGAGAAGAAACUCAGGGACAAGCCACAACUCAAGAGGAGACUGGUGGCAGCUGUGCUGGGGUCGUUGAGGGAGAUCAGGGCACCUGGGUGGGCCCUGUCAGAGCCCUUCCUCCAUUACAUGUCGAGAGUACCUGAGGAGGCUGUCUCAUGGGUGCCAGAACUCGACUACUACAUCAGACUCGUGAGGAGAAUCGUCGAGACGAUGUCAGGGACUCCACACUUUCCCUCAGUCGACUGGAGGUUCAAUGAAUUCCCUAAUCCUGCAGCUCACGCUCUGUACGUCACCUGCGUCGAGCUCAUGGCAGUCCCUGUCGCCCCUAAUUCCGUUGCCAAUGCUCUACUGGACGUCGUUGCCAAGGGCUUCACUGUCAUUCCUUCUAAAGACAUUCAUCUGUGGAUCAACUGUGUCGGUCUGCUGAUGGCUGCACUACCUGAGUGCUACUGGGCUGCUUUCUACGAUCGAUUGGUCCUCACCAUCAGCAGUCCUGGGCUGGCCAAGUGGCAGUACCACAAUUUGACGCCCUUUCAAAUGUUCAAUUUUGAUGUCACUCAUAAUUGUUUGCUUGAAAAUAAGUACUCGUACAUACUGGCGCUGGCACAUUCCAUCUGCCAUCAUGCUGGGGUGGGGCAUAUCACGACGAUGCCACAGUUCGUUAAGGAAAAACUGCAGCCCGCUGUCACCAGUGAGGAACAGCUCAUCUUUGCUUGUCAUCUCAUUGGGCCCACUCUCGCACGAUUCAAUGUCGAGAGGCCAAAGUGCGUUGUGGAGCUGACAGUCAGUCUCUAUGAGAUGCUCGAGCAGAUCGACAGGACACAGGCCAUGCUGAAGUACAUGGAUCCUGUGUGCGAUCUACUGUAUCACAUCAAGUACAUGUUCGUUGGGGACAUGAUGAAGACUGAUAUCGAGUGCAUCAUCAGGAGGUUGAGACCAGCACUGCAGAUGAGGCUGAGGUUCAUCACUCAUCUCAACAUCGAGGAGAUCCAGAUGAACUGAGGGGAGGACUGUUUCAAGGUUUGAAGUGCAUAUUGAAUAUUUCAUUGUGCGUUCAUCGUGAAAGUGACUUUAGGGGACAUUGAUUUAUUAGCUGUGGUUGUUCGCGAACGACUGACGUAGUUUUAAGAGAUUUUCUAUUUUCUGUUGAUCAGAGUAUGAUCAGCGGAUUUUUUGUAUCAAAAUAGGACCGUAAGUUCCUGCAUAUCCAUUUAUGGAGGAUUUAUUUUACAAUUUUUAAGAGAUGAUUGUAUAAUUGGAAAUUUUAACGUAAAUAUAUUGCAGUAUUGACUUUUUGAA